AUGUCACCUCUCCUUAGAUUGGGCAGAGGUAUAUCAUCGUCUUUACCUCGAUCUAUCUCUUCCACAACCACCUCCACAUCGACAAGACGAUUAGUCAACGUUAAUAGUUUUAGAAGAUCAUCAUCCAAUCUGACUUCGUCGAUAUCAACUCAAGCACAGCUAUACAAGAAGACUCUACCUUUACAGUCAAGCUUGAAUAGAAGGAAAUACGCUACUGUCGCACCUACCGAUCCCAAGACCAACCUCCCCCUUCAACCUAUAAUGUCCCAAUCCCCUUUCUCCCCUUGUCCACCUAUACCCAAAGCGACCGGUCCAGUCGACCUGAUCCUCCCCCCAACCGAAGAUCGUCCGCAUAAGUAUUUUACGCUGGAUAAUGGUCUGGAAGUGAUAGUGGUAUCGGACGAAAAGGCAGACAAGGCUGCGGCGUCGAUGGAUGUGGGUGUAGGGCAUUUUAGUGAUCCCGAUGAUUUACCUGGAUGUGCACAUUUCUGUGAACAUCUUUUGUUCAUGGGUACAAAGAGUUACCCAUCUGAAAACGCGUAUCAGCAGUAUCUCACCGCCCAUAAUGGUCACUCGAACGCAUGGACAGCGAUGACAUCUACGAAUUAUUUCUUUGACGUCUCGCCUGAUGCGCUGGAAGGUGCCUUGGACAUGUUCUCUGAAUUCUUCAUAGAACCUCUUUUCAAUGAGGACUGUACCGAGAGGGAGAUCAAAGCUGUUGAUUCGGAACAUAAGAAGAACAUACAGAAUGACAUUUGGAGAUUCUUCCAACUCGAGAAGUCCCUUUCCCGACCAGGUCAUCCAUACUCCAAAUUCGGUACGGGGAACUACGAGACACUUUGGUCAAAACCCAAAGAAUCAGGCAGAGAUCCCCGAAGACAGUUGAUAGAAUGGUGGGAGAAGGAGUAUUGUGCAAGAAGGAUGAAAUUGGCUGUGGUCGGUAAAGAACCUAUAGAAGUCUUGGAGAAAUGGGUGAAAGAGAAAUUCCAGAAGGUCCCGAUUAGGACGGAAGGGAAACCCCCUACCGGAAAGGACGGGGUGAGGCUGACUUUCGAGGAGAGUCCUUAUGGGGAGGAACAGGUUGGACAAUUCACAUUCGCUAAACCUGUAAGAGAUAUGCGAGGGUUAGAGAUCGUCUUCCCCUUCCCUGAUAUGGAUCAUCUCUACAGAUCAAGGCCAACCCAUUUCCUCGCUCAUUUUCUGGGACACGAAGGUAGAGGGUCGAUAUUAUCCUACUUGAAGAAGAAGGGUUGGGUCAACUCCUUAAGUGCAGGCAAUCAUCACGAUGCUGCUGGGUUCUCUUUGUUCAAGAUCAAUGUAGACCUCACACCGGAGGGUUUAGCACAUCACAAAGACGUUGCUUUGGUAAUAUUCAAAUACAUUUCCCUCCUUCGAUCUAAGCCACCAUCAGAGAAAGCCUUCAACGAGAUCAAAGCCAUCGCCGAUAUAUCAUUCAAAUUUGCCGAAAGAGGGAAAACUUCAUCUUACUGUGCCAGCUUAUCUGGAUUCAUGCAGUCUCCUGUUCCAAGAGAGAAAAUCGUUUCGGCCAAAUGGCUUGUAGAGGAGUACAAGCAAGAUGAAUUGGAAGCUGCUUUGCAACUGCUGGAUCCUCGAAGAUCAACGAUCGGUAUAACGUGUAAGGAAUUACCCAAGGACGUCCUGGAGAACAAUGGUGAUUUCGAUCAGAAGGAGGCUAUCUAUGGAACCGAGUAUAAGAGAGUAAAGUAUGACCAGGAGUUCUUAAAUGAGGCAAUGUCAGGAAAGGUGUUAAGUGAAUUACAAUUGCCUGGUCCUAACCUUUUCAUACCUGAAAAGUUGGAUGUGGAAAAAUUCGAUGUGGCCGAGCCUGCCAAUCGACCUGUACUUCUCAAGGAUACACCUACAUCUAAAUUAUGGUAUAAGCGAGAUGAUCGAUUCUGGCAACCUCGUGCUAACUUGGAUAUCUUGCUUCAUUCACCAAUUCUCCAAACCACUCCUCGAAACGCUGUUCUGUCCCGACUCUUCUGCGACCUCUUCUCUGACUCGAUAACGGAAGACGUGUACGAUGCAGAUCUGGCGGAACUUUCUUUCAGUCUAUGGAACGAACAUCAGUGGAUAGGUAUUUCCGCUGGAGGGUUCUCGGACAAGCUGGCAGUGUUGACUGAAACGAUGUUGAAGAAGCUCAAGGAGUUCAAGGUUGAUGAAGGUAGAUUUAGGGAGAUCGUUGAGGCGACCCGUCUAGAGUGGAAAAACUUUGCUCUGGCCGAUCCGUACGGAAUCGCCUUAUUCUGGGACGCGUAUGUGACGAGGGAAACUGCUUGGACUCAGGAAGAGAGGUUGAAGGAGCUCGAAUACGUCACCUCUGCCGAUGUCGAAGCGUUCGGCAAAGAAGUGUUAUCUCGACUGUUCAUCGAAACGCUCAUUCACGGUAACACUUCACCUGAGGGUGCUAAGGAAAUUCAAAACAUGGUGAAGAAGGUGCUCUCACCUAGACCAUUGAGCGCUUCUGAGAUUAAAGCGCCUCGAUCGCUGUUGACUCCGCCUUCAUCUGAACACAUCUGGUCCCUUGAUCUACCCAACAAAGCAGAAGUGAACAGCGCAGUAGUCUAUCACCUGCAUGUAGGUGAUCCUACCGACGUCAAAUUACGAAACACUUUAUCCCUCUUCAGUCAAAUCGCCUCUGAACCAGCAUUCGAUUACUUGAGGACCAAACAGCAAUUGGGUUAUAUCGUAUUUUCCCACGCAUCUGCAUCAGCUGGAUCAAUGGGAUAUUCGAUCAUAGUACAAUCUGAAAAACCCACUGAAUUGGUUGAAAAUAAAAUUGAAUAUUUUCUUGAUAACUUCCUCAAAGAGUCGAUUGAUAAGAUGACGGAAGAGGAAUUUGAGAAACAUAAAUUGAGUUUGAUACAGAAGAAGGAGGAGAAACCGAAGAAUCUAAGUGAGGAAUCGAAGAGGUUUUGGGGAAGGGUGAAAGAUAGGUAUUAUGAGUUCAACAAGCGUGAAAAAGAUGUGGAAGCUUUGAAGACAAUAACCAAAUCCGACAUCUUAUCCUUAUACUCCAAACACAUCACUACAAACUCCAAUGAUCGAAGUAAAUUAUCGGUCCACUUGAAAUCACAAUAUAAAGGAAUCAAAUUCGAUGCUUCGUCUGCCGGACCAUUAAUCGAAAAUUUCAUGAAAGCUGGGAUUACCGUUGAUCAAUCUUCCAUCGCUCAGUUGUUGGCUACCAACCCUACUUUGGAGGUCGUCAAGCAAUUCGCUAUUGGUGUGAUUGAUAAUGCAUCGAACGUAGAUGAUGAAGCUAAGAAAACCUUAAAGGGAGUUGUAGAUAAUCUAAAAGGAUCUGAAGACAAACAAGUCGAGGGACAAGAAGAAGGUGUGAGAGAAAGUAACGUUUAUAUCAAAGAUAUACUGCAGUUCAAAGCUGGUUUGAUACCUAGUAAAGCCGCGGUUCCUGUUGAACCUAUCAAGGUUAAUGCUGCGAAGUUGUAA